AUUUAGAGAGAGAGAGAGAGAAAAAACCUAGAAGCAGAUAAAACUUAGAGAGAGAGAGAGAGAGCGAAAACAAAGAGAACACGAGCCAUUGUUCUCUCUCUGAAUUUUCUGCUGCAACAAAGAAUACAUACAUAUACAUACAAGUAUAACCGUUUACAGAGAGUACAAGAACAGUGGAUUAUAAAUUCAUAAUACAAACCCUAGCGUACAGCAUGUUGCGGCUGUGGAAGUGGUACCAGAAUUGCUUAUCAACACACCCAGUUAAAACCCAGGUGAUUAGCUCCGGAUUCAUUUGGGGUUUCGGCGAUAUCGCCGCUCAAACCGUUACUCACUACACCGCCAAACCUCUCCACCUCCAAAUCACUGAUAAAAAUAAAGAUAAAGAUGAAGAACUAAAAAUCAAUUGGAGACGAGUUGGUUGCACGGCUUUGUUUGGGCUUGGAUUUGUUGGUCCUGUUGGCCACUUCUGGUAUCAAGGGCUGGACCGAAUCAUUAAGGUUCGGCUAAAGCUACAGCAAAAUUCAUUCCGUUUUGUGGCUUCAAAAGUAGCAGCUGAUGGUAUAAUAUUUGGCCCCUUGGAUCUACUGGUGUUCUUCACUUACAUGGGCUUUGCUUCCGGGAAAACUUCUGCACAAGUUAAGGAAGAUGUCAAGAGAGAUUUUCUCCCAGCGUUAAUUCUGGAGGGAGGCAUAUGGCCGAUUGUCCAGGUGGCAAACUUCCGAUUUGUUCCAGUUCAAUAUCAACUUCUUUACGUCAACUUGUUCUGUUUGUUGGAUAGCUGCUUUCUUUCUUGGAUCGAGCAGCAAGAAGAUGCCCCUUGGAAGCAGUGGUUCAAAACUAUACUCCCUUCGAAGAAGUAAAGGACAAGACUUGAUUUUUUCGCCGUUCUUAAUUGUUUCUAUUUGAGAGCAAAAAGUAUUUUUCUGGUAAACCAGUAAUCAAACAUUAUUCAGUUACAAUUCUAUCGGCACUAAAAAAACACAUAGAAGAUGAGAUUUAGUUGUGAAUCAGUUGUACGUUGUUUCUUCUCUUAAAUAGACCACCAAAAGUGCAGAAUUGAGGCCAAUUCAUGAAAUUGCCUUACAUGUAGAGUACUACUCACUCUUGUGGAAGUGAAAUUUCGAAUUCAGUUUUUGAGUUGACUCAAUGUAGCAGGCUUGGAAAUUGUCAAUUUAGGCCUCAUUUUGUUGUU